AUGGCCACCAACGGCGCUACGACUAACAGUUCCUCGUCCUCGGGGUCCUCGAACAGUGGCCAGCCUGCGUCCGAACAGCAGGCGGGAUCGACCAUGAACUCCAUCACGCAAGUGUUCCCUCCUAUAGUGGAAUUAAAUGUCGGAGGAGUUUUCUAUACGACCUCGCUGACAACUCUUCAGAAGGACCCCGAAAGCCUGCUGGGUCAAAUGUUUAGCGGGAAGUCCAAGACGCCCGUGCUGAGGGAUUCGAAGGGCAAGUUUUUCGUGGAUCGUGAUGGUGUCUUGUUCCGUUAUAUUCUCGACUAUUUACGAAACCAGAAGCUCGUGUUACCAGAAAACUUCAGUGAGCGUGAAAGACUCAAGAACGAGGCGGAGUACUAUGCGCUGCAGGAUAUGGUGGAGUCUCUUACCGUUCCCAAAUCCCUGAGCCCCAUUGAUCCUUCGUUUCUAGUCAAGACCACCUGUGGCACAAUUACCGUCAGUUACCGCGGCACCUUCGCCUUCGGACGCGAUGGACUCGCCGACGUCAAGUUCCGCAAGCUGAACCGAAUCCUUGUGAGCGGUCGCGUGACGCUGUGCCGGGAGGUGUUCGGAGAUACGCUGAACGAGUCACGUGACCCGGACCGUGGCGCGGUUGACCGCUACUCCAGCCGCUUCUUCCUCAAACACACCUUCCUGGAGCAGGCCUUCGACAUGCUGGUCCUGGCGGGAUACAAGUGCCAAGGAUCAUGCGGCAGCAGCACCGCAGGAGGCAUGAUGGUGGACAAAAAACCUGGCAUGGACUCCGAGGAGGACCGAUGGAAUCACUACAACGAGUUCGUGUGGGUGAGAGAAUAACUAGGCUGCGGGGGGGUACUCUGGCGGCCCCCACGAGAGGGCAGCCACUUGAUGGUCACGAAGUCGUUCUUCUGACGACCCCUUCCGCAGAACCUGGUUGCUUGGUUGGCGCACGUGCUCUGGGCGACGCGAAGCAGGUGGGAACAAUUUCAAAUCUCGCUAACUGCUUUCAUUUGGUCGAUUCUAAAGAAGACAAACACUAAUAGCUUUAAAACGUUCAUGGAAAAUACGUGAAUAAAGAGUACUUACUUUCAUUCUGCUUAUAGCCGUUCCGCACACCAAGUGUAUUAGAAUAUUAAACGUAAGAGGAAACUCAAAGCAAGUGUUAGUACGAGCCCAACAUUAUGUGUAUGUGUGAUAACAAGCUAUAGGUAGCCUCUAAACACGCAGCAUGGAGUCGUGUACCUGCUAAUUGCUUAUUACGGAAGAAAAAAUGUUGAGUGUUGAGUUUUUUUUUAAUUUUUUUCAAGUGAAGAAAUGUGAUUGAAACGACAGAAAUAGCAAACUCUUCUUACCAAGAAGUUCUGACCAAAAUUUCCAGAAACAAACAAGCAAAUCCUCAAAAGCAUAUACAUGUAAGGUUUAGAGCAAUCAUAUCAUUAUCGACCAAAAGUUCACAUCAUUGCCACGAAAAAAAAAGUGAUAUAAAAUGAGUUAUAGUUCCAGUUAUGAAGUCUUAUUUUAUUUAUGCGCUUGCGGACCAUUUAAAAAAAAUAUUUUUCCAGCUGUAGAUUUGACAAAUUAUUAGCCAUCCAAAGAAUCUCAGCCAAUGCUCGGAGGUUCUUUCCACUAUUGUCUGUAUCAUGAACCAAGAUCUCAACCAAACUGUUAAAAGAAAAAUAUCAAUCAAAAAGAUAGCUGUCCAGAGAUAGAAAUUACCUAUGUAUUAUACAUUCACAAAGUUGCUUUUCUGAGUGCUCCCAGUGGUAGCCUAGGGAGCAUUAGAUUAUGUUCCCGUUUAUCCGAUCCAGAAUUUCGUUUCAGGAUUUUCAUAAGCGAAUACCCUGAAAACAGCUUGAUGGGACCUAUCCAGUGCCACGAACUCAUUUAUGACGCUUUUACUUGGUACCUCGAAAUUCUAUAAAAAAAAAAAAAAAAAAAAUGCACAAAAGAGGAUAUCAACUUCAUACAUUAUUUCUCGAAUCUGAUGGGAAUUCCAAGGGUCUGUUAUCAUCGAACAGUUUGGGACCAUAAGUUAGUGAAUAUUCCAAGAGUAAUUAAGGAAGUGACUCUCCCUGCGAUCUAACCCUCGUUCAUCCAGCGCGUGUUGAAGGGUGUACGGUUACGCGCCGUCCGUCUCGACUCACUCACAUGCAGUUCGAAGUCUUAAGAGCGACCCUCUCGAACGCGGUCUUCAAGUGCCUACUUCGCCCAGAGGAUAUCGAAGCAUCGAGGACGUUGUCUCAAAAGCUGGUUCUGGAAACUCGCUGAUACGAAAUCGAUGUUUUCUGAUAAUCUGAUCCGAAAACUUCAACACCGCGAUGGUAUCGGUGUCCUUGACAUCAAGUACAAGAAGGAGGCGAGGUAUAUGAAGAGUGAUUGAGAAAUAAAAAAAAAGGCAUAAGAUAUCGCAAUGAAAUCCGUAUCACGAUGGAGAAGACCAAGAAUCGAGCACAGAAUCCCAGGAUUUGGACGACGUCUGCGGUUCCUCAAGGUGACAUUAGGUGGGGCUUUCAAAGAACUUUGCGCGUGCACUUCACUAAGUCGUCUAAGUCAUCCGUGUCCAGCUGACGACUCUUCGAAAGGGUUGAACCUCCUCUGUCAGACCACCGGAAUAGUUGUAUGGUACCCUAAACGAUUCCGUGACUGGAUGAAUAGUGGUAGGGAGUCCAAUUUAGGAUCCAUGGUAGUUGCAGUAGGUAAGCCUUUCUCUCCUUCCCCUGUGUUUGAGCGCUUUUGGUACCUAAUGUAAUGAAUAGAAGCGACAGUUUGUGACUGCUAAAUUAGGUAGGAUUUCAUAUUACAUGACCAUUGUAUACUUCAUCAUAUCGUUAUUAUUGUUUUAUGUACUAAAUGAACAUUAAUAGCACCAUAUAUUUUUCCAAAGCAAAUUUUAUGCUUACCCAUAUCAAUAGGUGUUAUAAAACUUUUGAAUCAUACAUUACAGAUGCUAAGACUAAGGUGUUACAAAAAGCCUGAUGCAAUGACUGAUUACAUACUUUCUUUACAAUGCAAAAUCAAAGUUAAACACUGAAAAUGGGUUUAAAUGCUAUGAAUUUUUAUAUGUAUUUGACAAAAGAAGAGAUUGGUAUCUGUAUCUUUUCUAAUCUACACAUCUAACUUACUGUAUGUUUCUUUUCUUGGCAUAUGUGCAGUGACGGAAUAUUUGUCAACACCUUUAUAACUUCUUGAUCGGUUUUACUUUAACGUUAUUACCGUCAGAGCAACAGGUUUUGGCGGGAGAGU